GUUCCCUCCAAGAGCCCCGCCCCUCCCCCGGGCACGCCCACAACCCGGCGGACAAGACCUGCGAGCUCCCUUCUUGGCUCCUCGAGCUUCCGCGGCGAUCUGAGGGCAAGCGUUGGUGAACAUGGCAGCGGUGCUCAGGAGAAGCUGCAGGGUCCUAAGAAGUAUUUCUCAUUUCCAGUGGAGAUCACAACAUACAAAAGCUUCUCACAAACAUGAACCAGGAUUAGGAUAUAGUUUCGAGUUGACCGAACAGCAGAAAGAAUUUCAAGCUACUGCUCGUAAAUUUGCCAGGGAGGAAGUAAUCCCAGUUGCUGCAGAACAUGAUAAAACUGGCGCAUAUCCUGUGGCCCUAAUUAAGAGAGCCUGGGAGCUUGGUUUAAUGAAUACACAUAUUCCACAGAGUUGUGGAGGUCUUGGACUUGGAUCUUUUGAUGCAUGUUUAAUUACUGAAGAAUUGGCGUAUGGAUGUACAGGGUUUCAAACUGCUGCUGAAGCAAAUUCCUUGGGGCAAAUGCCUGUUGUUAUUGCUGGAAAUAAUCAACAACAAAAGAAGUACUUGGGAAGGAUGACUGAGGAACCAAUCAUGUGUGCCUACUGUGUAACAGAACCUGGAGCAGGCUCUGAUGUAGCUGGCAUAAAGACGAAAGCAGAAAAAAAAGGAGAUGAGUACAUUAUUAAUGGUCAGAAGAUGUGGAUCACUAAUGGAGGAAAAGCUAAUUGGUACUUCUUAUUGGCACGUUCUGAUCCAGAUCCCAAAGCUCCUGCAAGUAAAGCUUUCACUGGGUUUAUUGUGGAAGCAGAUAGCCCAGGAGUGCAGAUUGGAAAAAAGGAAUUAAACAUGGGCCAGCGAUGUUCAGAUACAAGAGGAAUUGUCUUUGAAGAUGUAAAAGUACCUAAAGAGAAUGUUUUAAUUGGUGAAGGAGCUGGUUUCAAAAUUGCAAUGGGAGCAUUUGACAGAACGAGACCUGCAGUAGCAGCUGGUGCAAUUGGAUUAGCACAAAGAGCUUUGGAUGAAGCUACCAAGUAUGCUCUACAAAGGAAAACUUUUGGAAAGUUACUUGUGGAGCACCAAGGAGUAUCAUUUUUGCUGGCAGAAAUGGCAAUGAAAGUUGCACUAGGCAGAUUAAGCUACCAGAGAGCAGCUUGGGAAAUUGAUGCUGGUCACAGAAAUACCUUUUAUGCCUCUAUUGCAAAGGCAUAUGCUGGAGAUAUUGCAAAUCAAGUAGCUUCUGAUGCUGUGCAGAUAUUUGGAGGCAAUGGCUAUAAUUCAGAAUAUCCAGUGGAAAAAUUAAUGAGGGAUGCCAAGAUCUAUCAGAUUUAUGAAGGUACUGCCCAAAUUCAAAGGCUCAUUAUAGCCCGUGAACAUAUUGGCAAGUAUACAAGUUAGGACAUUACUGUAGAGAUUAAAAAACAUGAUGAUUCACUGUAAACGAGAGAUUGUAAAACAUACAUAAUUCUUGAAAAACUAGCACAUGGUCGACUACCUGUACUUCAGAAAAGAGAAAGGGCUUUAACAUUGUUCUGAUGCUUAUAUAAAUCUAUGCAGCUCAUUCUAAGACUAGUUUGUACUUUUGUACAAACAAUGAUUUUCCUUUUUUAAAACAGAUUUGUUUUCAUUAAAAGUAUAUGUUGUCCUUAGCACCACUAUCGUUCAGUAAUCAUAACCUAGAAAAACCAUUGUAUCAUCUGUGUCUCUAUAACAGUAAUAUUUUAGAAUUCUGGUAAGUUUCCAGUGACAGAAAUUGAGCUUAUCAGGAAUUCAGAGAAUGUUCUAAAAUUUACAGUUAGAAAACACUACAGGAUCUGGAUACUGUCAAACAACUUACCAAAGAUUUAAUGGUAUUACUGUAUCAAGGGAAUUUAUUUUGCAAUUUGGAAUGAAUUUUCUUUUAGCUUUACCUCAUAAAAGAAUUUCUUGAAAAUGUGGACACUAUUGAGUCCACAUUUCAUUGGCUUUAUUUUCAAAUACUAAAGCUUGCCUUAAAUUAUUUUAUAUGACUGUUGGCCUCUGUGUAACUUUUGAUCUAUUGUAUACAGUAGCCAUUUUCAUUCUGAAAAGGAACUGAAAUAAAAUUAUCUUUCAUUGCUUAA